AUGUCAAAGGGCAUGCAGUCUCGACGACGUGCGUCACCUCGACGCAAGCCGCUGUUGAAACCGUACCGUCGCUCAACCCUGCUUGCAAAGCGAAAGCAACAUAGUUACACUAUUGGCACAAUAAAGGCUCUCUUGCAGAAGUACUCCACGCUCGGGCCAUGUAGCAGCGACCGCGAGUUCGCGCGAAAAGAGAAUGUUCCCAUCGCCACACUACGAGGAUGGCUGGCUCGAAAGGAGGAGUUCCUCCAGUCCAAGAAGCAUACCAGCAACGCCACUCUCAGUGGGCAUGGCCACAGUCAGGCGGUGGACUUUGGCGACGCACUGGCCAGCUUCAUGGACAGCGUCCGCGACCACGAGAAGUUCUUGACGACAGCGCACCUUGUGACAUGGCUGAAGAACCUUCAACCUGCCUGGCUUGACUCGUACCUGGAAGGCAAGGCGGAUCCGUCACGAUCGUACAAGGCCCUCCUGGGAUGGUGCCAAGCCUUUGCGCACCGCCACGGGUUCUUGCAGCGCGUACCCUGUACGUCCAAACGGACGCACGAGGACUUGCAGGCCCCGCGCGUUGAGUACGCACAAUCGUUUUGGUCCAAGUACAGUGCCAACGACCGCGGGAACAUCAUCAACAUCGACGAAACUGGAGUACAUUAUGACAUGCCGCCACGUCGUACAUGGGCACGAAUCGGGAAGUCGGCCAAAGUUGAUCGCCAGCAGAAGCACUCUGACCGGGUGACCGCCGUCCUUGCCAUACGCGCAGAUGGACGCAAGUUGCCUCCCUGCAUCAUCGUGCGUGGUCAGCCUGGCGGUCCUGUGGAGCAGGACGAGUUGCCGACGUAUCCACGUGACGCAAUCUACGCUGUCCAAGAGAAUGCGUGGAUGGAUGAGCGCGUGUGGGACGUCUAUCUGCGCGAGAUCGUCCAGUACGAGAUCGAGGCACCGUCUGUGGUGGUGGUCGACAACCUGUCGGAGGAGUUCCUCCAGUCCAAGAAGCAUACCAGCAACGCCACUCUCAGUGGGCAUGGCCACAGUCAGGCGGUGGACUUUGGCGACGCACUGGCCAGCUUCAUGGACAGCGUCCGCGACCACGAGAAGUUCUUGACGACAGCGCACCUUGUGACAUGGCUGAAGAACCUUCAACCUGCCUGGCUUGACUCGUACCUGGAAGGCAAGGCGGAUCCGUCACGAUCGUACAAGGCCCUCCUGGGAUGGUGCCAAGCCUUUGCGCACCGCCACGGGUUCUUGCAGCGCGUACCCUGUACGUCCAAACGGACGCACGAGGACUUGCAGGCCCCGCGCGUUGAGUACGCACAAUCGUUUUGGUCCAAGUACAGUGCCAACGACCGCGGGAACAUCAUCAACAUCGACGAAACUGGAGUACAUUAUGACAUGCCGCCACGUCGUACAUGGGCACGAAUCGGGAAGUCGGCCAAAGUUGAUCGCCAGCAGAAGCACUCUGACCGGGUGACCGCCGUCCUUGCCAUACGCGCAGAUGGACGCAAGUUGCCUCCCUGCAUCAUCGUGCGUGGUCAGCCUGGCGGUCCUGUGGAGCAGGACGAGUUGCCGACGUAUCCACGUGACGCAAUCUACGCUGUCCAAGAGAAUGCGUGGAUGGAUGAGCGAGUGUGGGACAUCUACCUGCGCGAGCUCGUCCAGUACGAGAUCGAGGCACCGUCUGUGGUGGUGGUCGACAACCUGUCGGCGCAUGUCACACCUGCGGCGUGCGAGUUAGUCCGUGGCGACUUAUACAGUGUACUGGAAGAGCUGCCAGCGAACGCAACUAGUACCGUUCAACCGCUUGAUGUUGGUGUGAUGGGGCCCUUUAAGGCCAAGUGCCGCACCGAGUGGCUGCACGAGGUAAAGGUUACAACAGCUGCAGAGAAACGGUUGGCGAUGGUGAAAAGAAUUUUGAAAGUAUGGGAGUCUAUUCCACCAGCGAUGGUUAUUCGCUCGUUUGAUAAGGCUAUUCCUUGUGAUGAGUCGUAA